AAAUUCCCCAACCUGUUAUUGUUUACACUCGAGUAACAUCAACACUGAUCUGUCCUUCUGCGCCCUUAGGUGCGUGAUACUUGAUGAACCUCUGAUCAGUACCCGUCAACUGCAUUUAAUCACAGCUGUAUCAAAGGGCCGUCAAAAUGCCGGGAGAUGAUCCACAGUCUGAGUCUCUGGCUAUCGAUGGCCUUCAGUCAAACGAGCAUCGUGACCUUCUCAACAUCAUCGACAGCCUCAGAGCCCAAGGCGUGAGCCAGUAUGUCGACCUUCCUGAGAUCAUCGUUUGCGGCGAUCAGUCGGCUGGCAAAAGCUCGGUCCUCGAGGCCAUCUCAGGAAUGUCUUUUCCUGCCAAAGACAACCUUUGCACCAGAUUUGCAACCGAGCUGAUUCUCCGCCGUAACGUGGACAAAGCCGUCAGUAUCACCAUCAUCCCCAGUCCUGAUCGAUCGCAAGACGACAAGGAACGCUUCUCCAAGUUCUCCCGCGACUUGAACCAGCAGGCACUUGACAAGGUGGAAAACUUAGGUAAUGUUGUCGACUCGGCCAAAAAGUGCAUGGGCAUUGAGAAUGGAGGCCGAAUCUUUGCCAAAGAUGUCCUUCGCGUCGAACUAUCAGGACCAUCUCAGCCUCACCUCACUUUGGUUGACCUGCCGGGUCUCUUCAAUGCCGGAAAUAGUGAACAGUCCGAGGCGGAUGCUUCUAUGGUUCAAGACAUUGUCUGCAAUUACAUGAAGCGAGAGAGAAGCAUCAUCGUUGCAGUCGUUUCUGCCAAAAGCGAUUUUGCUCUGCAAUCAGUUACCAAGUUUGCCCGCCAGGUUGACCCAAACGGUGAAAGGACCAUUGGCGUCAUCACCAAACCGGAUACUCUCGAUGCUGGUUCCGAUUCUGAGUUCUCAUACUUCAAAUUGGCCGAGAACAAGGACGUCAAGUUCCGACUCGGCUGGCAUGUCCUCAAGAACAGAGACUAUAAGAUGCGCUUCGCAACCUCUGACAUGCGUGAUCUUGCCGAGGAACAAUUCUUUUCUUCUCGAAUCUGGGCUUCAAUGGAUCGUUCCCAGCUAGGUGUGGCAUCUCUGAGGCCUCGUCUCAGCAACAUUCUCAAGGAGCACAUUGUCCACCAACUGCCGAGUCUAUUCAGGGACAUCAGUUCUGGAAUUGACGAUGGCAACGCUCGCCUUUCCAGACUUGGACAGGCUCGAUCUGAUCCUGACCAGGAACAAAGCUAUCUCACUAAAGUCAGUCAAGAAUUCUAUCGACUGUUACACUCGGCAGUCAACGGUACCUACACAGACAAUGCCUUUUUCGGAAGUGCUACCGUGGAGGGAGACUACCCUCGGCGUUUACGAGCAGUCAUCCAAAACAUUCUCACAGAGUUUGCCGAAGAUAUGCGUCUGAACGGAGCGAGAGUGAAAAUUCAAGAAUUUAUUUUUCUGGCACCCCAAGGCUCAAUCUCUCGCGAUGCUUUCAUCAACGAGAUUCGGCACUAUCUGAAGCGAAACCGUGGACGUGAGCUCCCAGGAACCUUCAAUCCUCUCAUAAUUGGAGACCUAUUCAGAGAGCACAGUCGUCCCUGGCAAGCCAUUGUCGAAAAAUACGUCAGUUGCUCUCUUGCAGCUGUUCGUGAUGUCAUUGAGCAAGCCUUGGGAGCGGUCACGGUCGACAAGGUUGCAAAUGGUAUCCUUGAUUUCGUCAUUAACCCUACAAUGGAGUCACUCGAGAAAACCCUGCAGGCGAGGGUUGUUGAGUUGCUGAAGCCAUACACGGAUGGCCAUCCAAUCACGUACAAUCACUACUUCACCGAGGAGGUGCAGAAGCUUCAGCGGGCACGUCGCAAGAGGGAGUUGGAGGAGCUACUCAAUUCCAAACGUAUAUCCAACCCCUUUGAAGCCCUUCCAUCUGGGCCCGCGCAGACGGGAAGGAGCUUGUUCUCUAAUACUGUCGGUCCUACCACCAAGCCAUCCGAAAAUCAAGACGACCUCGUUACCGUCAGUAUCUCAGACGUGGUCAAUACCUUCGUGGGCAAAUCCGAAGCCAACAUGGAGACGUUUGCAGCUGCAACUGCGUUGGAAUAUAUGCUGGCCUAUUACAAGGUUGCACUCAAAGAAGUUGUCGACAACAUUGGCGUUCUGGCAAUCGAGGAUUGUCUCAUCCAGAAGUUGCCAGAGAUAUUUCAUCCGGGAACCGUUCACUUAUUGACCACGGAUGAAAUACACAAGAUUGCCGCAGAGUCCCCCGAGGCUGCCGCUGAACGGGCUCGGGUGAAUGAGAAACUCAGGAUUCUCCACAAAGGACUUCGGGACCUCAAGAGAAUUGACAGACGGCAAUCAAAGACAGGCUCGCAGCUGUUUGAAAAGACUGAAUGAUAUGUUGGACUUCGUCUGUGUAUCUAUGUUAUCAUGACCACAAAAGCAGUGGUCGUGAUCACCUGCGAGGGAGGCUCAUAUUCAUCAAGCUAGGCCGUUGCGUUUUUGUUUUUGUUGGCCAAUGAUGCCCAUGUCCAACUAUCCGAAAAGCUUCCUGGGGUAAAUCUCCAGUGGAAGGCAUGAGAUUGCGAACUUGAUCUUGUUUGGAUGAUUAACAUAUCGAUUUUUAAUCAUCACUUCGCCAACGGAAGUUUAUACACCAUCUGCUGAUGGCUCUUUGUAUGUAAAAGGAAAGUUUGGAAUGUCUUGCGCCAAGACGAAAUUUCGAGGAUUUGUUCAUUGGACGGACCAACGUUGUUUUGCAAGGAGCAUAGGGCAGAAAAAUGCAAGA